UUUCGCACUGUCAAAUUUAUUGCCCGGUCUCAUUGUGAAGUAUUUGCUGAAGAAAUCACAGCCACAGUUGUCCAACCCAUUGGGUUACCUGUAGAUUGGCGAACACGGAAAAAAGCAACGAUGUAAAGGCACAACCUGGAGAAUCGAGCGUUGAAGUUAUUGCGCAAACAGAAGAUUCCCCAUACGUUAUAUGUGAUGGCAUCCCGUCUGAACUCGAUGCCUACCACGAAGCGUACAGAAACUUUGGCGUUAGAUGUGGAAGAGAAUGAAUUUCAAUCACUCGUGCUAAAAGAUCCUCCUCGGUUGUCCUUCGUCCUCCCCGUCAGAGGCUCUGGGAAACCCUACGCCGGAAGCAAGAAAUAUAUCACGACCUCACGGCGCAUGCUCGAACUCUUUCCAAGAAAAGCCAGGACAAGCAUGGACAAGCCUUUGGUUUUGUAAAAUCUACAAAUGGCGAGCAAAACAUCUAUUUGUCUUCGAUUAUCCAAUCAAAAAGUAGAUCUGUUGUUCUUCUUAAAAGCCAAUCAAAUUGCGAGAAUUUGUAGGGUUUCCCAGAGCCUCUGACGUGAAGGAACGACAACCGAGGAGGAUCUGAAAACGAGAAUGAAAAUAAGAUGCAAUCGAUCUUGUGGCCGGCCCUCGGUGUUAGGUUUGUCUGGUUGAACAACAGAUUUGGGUUACCUGUGGAUAACAAGAUAACGCAACAGAAAAUGAUGGCGGGCACGAAAGAAAGCAUUGAGGGAAAGGCACGAAGUGGAAAAUCAAGUAUCGAAGUUAUGUUUACCAGCCUUGCGGAAGUAGAAGAUUCCGCAGAUACAAUAUCUGAAGACAUCUCGUCUGAACUCGAUGCUUACCACGAAGCGUACAGAAAUGGAAACUUUGGCGUUAGACGUGGAAGAAUGAAUUUCACUCGUGCUAAAAGAUGGAGUAUUGCUCACUUCUUGACAGCUGCGAUCAUGACUUGCUUCACGGCUGCCUGUAUCCAGCUUCUGGAUAACAACGAAUAUGGAGUUGACAGCCAAUCAGCUUACGGAUUUUCAGCAGUGGCGAUACUCUGUGAUAUUUGUGGGCUCGUAAUGGCUUGUUGUAGUAUUUACUUGCUUGGUUCUAUCGCUACCACUCCAAGACCUCUUCUUGUUCUCUUCGCUGUGCGUCUCAUAGCUGUCCUGGAGUGUACGCUGGUCGGCGUUGGAAUUAUUUUGACAAUAAAAGUUAUCAAUGACACCAGGGAAGAUGGAACAGAACCGACAGAACACAAUCGUCGCUACGGGGGAGGAAACUUCACGACUUUUAUCAUACUCUGCAUUUAUCUCUUGAUUUCAAUGGUGGUCGAUGUAAUCACUGCCCUUGCUUGGUUGUUUCAUUGGUGGAGGUGCUGUGUCUGCUGUCAGUGUCUCAAGUCUUGCUGCAUAUUUGAACCAGGAGAACCAUUAGCUCCUGGUGUACGGGAUCCUCCAACUGGCUUUCUUCGUGAAUGUGCCUACGUGUGCUGGUUAAUAAAUAGGAAGAUUGGACUUUAGUUUAGGAAACGGUCGCGCUGCACAGUGUCUUCGUGGUUGUGCUCCCCUUAGCUGUAUAAAGUGACGUGCCAGCCGUUUGCUCGCGUGAGUUGUUUAUAUGAGGGUGUUUGUCCAAUCCUAGCUUGUCACAUCCCUUUUGAGACUCAUUCUGUGGCGUUAAUUCCUAUUAGACGCUGUAUUCAUAUACGAGAGGGAAUGUUUUUAUUUGAAUACUAUAGUGCCGUGACCUAUUCUUAGGUCAUUUUAAGUGAUAAGACAUUGCAUGACUUAGAGAAUGAUAGGAAUAGUAAAGACUGAUUUUUCUUUUUAAUGGUGGUCGUUUCCAGCGGACGAUGUCCCUGUACCCGCGUGUAAUCAUAUUUGCAACAUUUCUGGUAAUGGCAUGUUCGCGGCCAAUAAGAUGCGACUUUUAGAAAGAGAUGAAUUGGCUCGUUAACUAAAGAGUUAGUUACUAACGGUGUCAGUCAUCCAUCGUACCCACUUGUUUAGUGUUGGAAAAUAUUCAGAAAUAGGAUCGAGCAGAACCAGUGGAGCUUCAACGGCCACGGUCUAUUCCUGAAAAGGUUUCACUCCUUCAUUAAAUAACAAAGGCCGACAUUGAGAAAAGAAGAGUUAUAGGAAUAGAAUCCUACUCCGUGACCUUUUAGUCUUUUUCAAGUCGGUAAGUUGUUUUUGCGCGAUGGCGGAAAAAGAGGGAAAAAACGACGCAUCAAAUCAGAACCAGUCUGAUCAAAUCUGUGGCGAAGAAACAAUCGCUGAUAAAUCAACACAGGCAACAGUAAAUGAAGAUACAGACCCUGAGCCAACGAUAUUGGUCGAAGAAAUAGAGUUCGGAAACAUAAGAUUUGGAGGAAAUGCCUAUCGAGACACGUACAGGAAUGGUAACUUUGGUGUCAAGCGUGGAAGAGUCAACUUCACUCGCGCUAGAAUAUGGAGUUCAGCUCACUUAUUCUCGGCUGGUGCCGUCGCCCUCAUCAGCACUCUUUGUAUUGCUAAUGGCGAUGAAGCCGAUCUUUUCGUCCUUCCAUUUCUUUCUGCAUUUUUCGGAAUAUUGACUUUUUGUGGUGGGGUGUAUUUGUCACUUUCUCCAACCACAGUGGGAAGACCGCUUUUCGUUCUCCUCCUUGUUCGUAUGUUUGCCCUUUUGGAGUGUAUGGUGGUGCUUCUUUCCAUUAUCUACACGAUUAUCGUCGCAUCCGAUCGAGGAAAUCCUCGUAAUGGUGCUCUUGUGGUUUCAUUGGUGGUCGAUUGGAUCACUGCCCUUGCUUGGUUGUUUCAUUGGUGGAAGUACUGUGUCUGCUGUCAGUGUCUCAAGUCUUGUUGCAUAUUUGAACCAGGAGAACCAUUAGCUCCUGGUGUACCGGAUCCUCCAACUGGCCUUCUUCGUGAAUGCGUCUACGUCUUGUGGAUGGCCAUUUGCAGGAGCGACUGGACAUUGGUUUAACGGACUUACAAAUUGUCAUGAUGCAUCAAUGAUAGGGGCGUAGUGAGGGCUGACUACAAAUUGUAAUUUAGCACUUUUGAUGGUACGUGUUUUAGUCGUUUAUACUAUCAACAACAGCUUUCUUGUCCCCUCUAUUAACUAUGGUUUGAACAAAUAUCCUUCCAUUUAUAAGCUCCCGGUUAUAAGCCCACCCCUGACCAGUUCUAGCCAUCAUUACAGUGAUAAAACAAAAAAUGGGAAAAAUAAAAUAGAAACAACCGUUUCUUCCCACAUGAAUGUAAGCCCUUCCGGUUACAAGCACGAAAACCAUUACGAAUAAGUAUAAGCCAGUUCCAUUUUUUUUUCGCUUUUCAAAACUUCCUCUUAUAUGUACAAUUAUUUUUAUAAAUUGCUAUUCAUCACAUGGCGGCCACAUCAACCAAGGCCAUCCAAAAAUUUUUUAAAUCAAAUUCACAAAUUACAUUUUUAAUGCUGCAUAAAAGAUGAAUUAGUGAA